CACAGUAUAUUUAAACGUUAUAUUAUGUUAUUUAAGAUAAACGUUUAAUGAUUMAAAUUUCAAAACGAAAACAUCGAGAACGUCAUUCAUAAUAUUAUUACAUUGGUAUUCGACUGUUGUAUUGACUAUUGGUCGUGCGAGUGAUUAUUACGCCGAUCACCGACAGAUUCGCACUCGCGGAAGCCGGCCGACAGAAAGACCAAUCUACGMAGACAUGGCGUCGGCGACUAGAAAAUUGGCAAUAGUGACGGGCGCCAACAAGGGCAUCGGGUACGCCAUCGUGAAGGCCCUGUGUGAGCGGUUCGACGGCGAUGUUUACCUGACAGCCCGUGACGUCGGUAGGGGCCAGGCCGCGGUCGAGGAGCUGAAYAAGCUGGGCCUGAAGCCCAAGUUCCAUCAGCUAGACGUGGCCGACACCGGUAGCGUGGCCGCGUUCGCCGCGUUCGUGGCCGAGAAUUACGCGGGCAUCGACGUGCUGGUCAACAACGCUGCGAUUGCCUUCAAGGAGUCCGCGACCGAGCCGUUCAGCGUACAGGCCGAAGAAACGAUUCGGAUCAAUUACUUUGCACUGCGGAGCGUAUGCGACGCGCUGUUCCCUUUGCUAGKUGCCGGUGCUCGUGUGGUAAAUUUGUCCAGCUCUGCCGGCCGACUGUCAAUAAUUCCGAGCGAAGAGCUCAGACGAACACUGUCCUCGCCUCAGUUGACCACUGACGAGCUGGACUCUCUGAUGCGCCAAUUCGUGGAGAAAGCCAAGAGCGGCAAUCACGAACAGUUCGGUUGGCCAUCGUCAGCGUACGCCGUGUCCAAGGUCGGUGUUAGCGCACUGUCAUUUAUACAACAGAGGGAAUUCGAUGUAGACCCCAGGACAGACAUCGUGAUCAACAGCGUCCACCCUGGCUACGUGGACACGGACAUGACCAGUCACAAAGGRCCGUUAACCAUCGAAGAGGGGGCUGAUGCUCCGGUCUACUUGUCUCUGUUGCCUGCAGGUGAACAAAAUUUUAAAGGCCGCUACGUCUGGAAUGACAGAUCCAUUAAGGACUGGAACAAUUCUUAAAUCACAUGUAAACAUCUAAACACUUUUGUAUGAUGGAGGUAUACUUUUUGAUUGCAUUAUCCAUUGAUGUUUUGUUAAUAUUCCAAAAGUAACUAUUUUCUACACAUAUUUACAAUCCAUACAUAUAUUUUGUAAACUUAUUU